GCCACCGCGGCGACUUGGCGGCGGGUGCCAUGCGUCUGGAGCUUCACAUUCUCUGCCCCCAACCCACCGCGCCGGCGCUCCCUUGUCACGCCUCGGGAAGCGCGCACCUGCCAAGCAGGAUGAAUAAUCUGAUAUCAUGUGAAAUGAGGAAAUAAGAAGCUUUCUGCUGACUUCAUUUUGACCCAGGGUCCAAAAGGUGAUGUAAUCCUGUGGCAAGAAGAUUCAAAACUGUGGACUAUCUUGCAAAAAAUACAAGAAGAUAUUGAAAGUUUUCAUGAGUGCCUACCACCUAAUCUCAAACACUAUCAUUCAUAUGUGCCUCAUUGAGCAAAUCUUUAAUGAGGAUCUAUAUGCCAGCAAUAUCUUUUGCUUGGGAGCAGAAACAGAAAGUACAUGGUGGACUUCAUUGAGGGAUGGAGAUUUGGAAGACAUGAAUGGAUGAAGAACCAAGUGCGUGAGGGCACCUAUCAGGAUUAUUGCUGAAAUCCUUAUGGAGUAGAGAUGGGGUUUCACCAUGUUGCCCAGGCUGGUCUCAAACUCCUGAGCUCAGGCCAUCUGCCCGCCUCGGCCUCCCAAAGUGCUAGGAUUACAGAAGGUGCCUGCUUCCCCUUCACCUUCCACCAUGAUUGUAAGUUUCCUGAGGCCUCCCCAGACAUGUGGAACUGACAUGGAUUUGAUUGACAUACUUUGGAGGCAAGAUAUAGAUCUUGGAGUAAGUCGAGAAGUAUUUGACUUCAGUCAGCGACGGAAAGAGUAUGAGCUGGAAAAACAGAAAAAACUUGAAAAGGAAAGACAAGAACAACUCCAAAAGGAGCAAGAGAAAGCCUUUUUCGCUCAGUUACAACUAGAUGAAGAGACAGGUGAAUUUCUCCCAAUUCAGCCAGCCCAGCACAUCCAGUCAGAAACCAGUGGAUCUGCCAACUACUCCCAGGUUGCCCACAUUCCCAAAUCAGAUGCUUUGUACUUUGAUGACUGCAUGCAGCUUUUGGCGCAGACAUUCCCGUUUGUAGAUGACAAUGAGGUUUCUUCGGCUACGUUUCAGUCACUUGUUCCUGAUAUUCCCGGUCACAUCGAGAGCCCAGUCUUCAUUGCUACUAAUCAGGCUCAGUCACCUGAAACUUCUGUUGCUCAGGUAGCCCCUGUUGAUUUAGACGGUAUGCAACAGGACAUUGAGCAAGUUUGGGAGGAGCUAUUAUCCAUUCCUGAGUUACAGUGUCUUAAUAUUGAAAAUGACAAGCUGGUUGAGACUACCAUGGUUCCAAGUCCAGAAGCCAAACUGACAGAAGUUGACAAUUAUCAUUUUUACUCAUCUAUACCCUCAAUGGAAAAAGAAGUAGGUAACUGUAGUCCACAUUUUCUUAAUGCUUUUGAGGAUUCCUUCAGCAGCAUCCUCUCCACAGAAGACCCCAACCAGUUGACAGUGAACUCAUUAAAUUCAGAUGCCACAGUCAACACAGAUUUUGGUGAUGAAUUUUAUUCUGCUUUCAUAGCUGAGCCCAGUAUCAGCAACAGCAUGCCCUCACCUGCUACUUUAAGCCAUUCACUCUCUGAACUUCUAAAUGGGCCCAUUGAUGUUUCUGAUCUAUCACUUUGCAAAGCUUUCAACCAAAACCACCCUGAAAGCACAGCAGAAUUCAAUGAUUCUGACUCCGGCAUUUCACUAAACACAAGUCCCAGUGUGGCAUCACCAGAACACUCAGUGGAAUCUUCCAGCUAUGGAGACACACUACUUGGCCUCAGUGAUUCUGAAGUGGAAGAGCUAGAUAGUGCCCCUGGAAGUGUCAAACAGAAUGGUCCUAAAACACCAGUACAUUCUUCUGGGGAUAUGGUACAACCCUUGUCACCAUCUCAGGGGCAGAGCACUCACGUGCAUGAUGCCCAAUGUGAGAACACACCAGAGAAAGAAUUGCCUGUAAGUCCUGGUCAUCGGAAAACCCCAUUCACAAAAGACAAACAUUCAAGCCGCUUGGAGGCUCAUCUCACAAGAGAUGAACUUAGGGCAAAAGCUCUCCAUAUCCCAUUCCCUGUAGAAAAAAUCAUUAACCUCCCUGUUGUUGACUUCAACGAAAUGAUGUCCAAAGAGCAGUUCAAUGAAGCUCAACUUGCAUUAAUUCGGGAUAUACGUAGGAGGGGUAAGAAUAAAGUGGCUGCUCAGAAUUGCAGAAAAAGAAAACUGGAAAAUAUAGUAGAACUAGAGCAAGAUUUAGAUCAUUUGAAAGAUGAAAAAGAAAAAUUGCUCAAAGAAAAAGGAGAAAAUGACAAAAGCCUUCACCUACUGAAAAAACAACUCAGCACCUUAUAUCUCGAAGUUUUCAGCAUGCUACGUGAUGAAGAUGGAAAACCUUAUUCUCCUAGUGAAUACUCCCUGCAGCAAACAAGAGAUGGCAAUGUUUUCCUUGUUCCCAAAAGUAAGAAGCCAGAUGUUAAGAAAAACUAGAUUUAGGAGGAUUUGACCUUUUCUGAGCUAGUUUUUUUGUACUAUUAUACUAAAAGCUCCUACUGUGAUGUGAAAUGCUCAUACUUUAUAAGUAAUUCUAUGCAAAAUCAUAGCCAAAACUAGUAUAGAAAAUAAUACGAAACUUUAAAAAGCAUUGGAGUGUCAGUAUGUUGAAUCAGUAGUUUCACUUUAACUGUAAACAAUUUCUUAGGACACCAUUUGGGCUACUUUCUGUGUAAGUGUAAAUACUACAAAAACUUAUUUAUACUGUUCUUAUGUCAUUUGUUAUAUUCAUAGAUUUAUAUGAUGAUAUGACAUCUGGCUAAAAAGAAAUUAUUGCAAAACUAACCACUAUGUACUUUUUUAUAAAUACUGUAUGGACAAAAAAUGGCAUUUUUUAUAUUAAAUUGUUUAGCUCUGGCAAAAAAAAAAAUUUAAGAGCUGGUACUAAUAAAGGAUUAUUAUGACUGUUAAA